AUGUCUUCAGGCCCCUCCAUGAAUGAGACAAACCAAAUCCCUUUCUUUGCAGCAACACCAGCCACGUCCCCUGCACUGGGCACUGGGGCCCGGGCGUGGCCUGUGCUGGUAGGGGUUGUGCUGGGGGCUGUGGUCCUCUCUCUGCUCAUCACACUUGCUGCCAAAUGCCACCUCUGCCGCAAAUACCGCACCAGCUACCAGCACCGCCAUCUGCCUGAGACAGGGAAGAGGAACUGCCCAGAGGUGGGUGAAGAUGAGGAUGAUGAUGGCUUCAUCGAGGACAAUUACAUUCAGCCUGGGGCUGGUGGGCUGGGGCCAGAUGGUAGCAGGGAUCACUUCUCCCUCUGA